CAAAAACAUUGGCUGCGAUAUACAGAUUAUAAUAAAAUUUAUCACACGAAACUCGUGCAAAAAUAUAUUUGAAUAAAAAACUAUUAUUUUGUACCUAAAUAGUGUGUGUUUUAGUGAAAGUGUGUAAUUUAGUGCAUAGAUAAUUAAGUGUUAUGUGUUUUUUUCGAAAUAAGUGUAGUGUUUUGUGACCAUGUGAAGGAAUUCAGUGUUUAAUCCUGAAAUUAUGACGCAGUUAAGACUAUUUUGUGUCAAUUGAUAAAUUGCCAUGAUUUUCAAGGUAUUCAUAUUCUUCAGCUACUUUCUACCAUGUCUGUGCGGGCAUGGGCACCCGCCCAAACCUCCCAAAUGUCUCUCAGGCUACAUGACGGAUGUUCAGAACUGGGUCGACGAGAACGGAAGACUGAUACCAAAACCAGGCGACUCAGACAAUGUGAUAGACCUCUCCACUACAACGAAUCCCGUGCAAGUUCUGAACGAGAAGAUGAACCUGUUCAGACGACGCAGAACCGUCAGAUACCUCAGCCUGGCCAAGUGUCAACUCACUAGAGUGCCACCGAUCUUCCAACUCCGGGACAACGAGAUGAGGCCGCUAGCUAUGAUGUUAGAGUACAUGACACUAUUCGGUAAUAACUUCCUCGGCAUGAGCACCGCUGGUGAACACUACACUUUAAGUUUCAAUGCUACGGGGACGACGGUUAUGAAUCUAAGCAAUUCUCCGCAAAGACAGGUCGUCAGCGUCUGGUCAUCAGGCUUCACAGCGGUCAACUUCCCGAACCUAAAAGAACUGGAUUUAAGAUCUUGUUCAAUACAGACCUUAGAAAAAAACCUCUUUAGAGGAAUGCCAAACCUAACAGCAUUAUACAUUGGAGAGAACGAAAUCCAUUUCAUAUCAUCUUCUGCAUUUUAUGGUCUGAGAAACUUAGUACACCUAGAUUUCAGUAGGAACGAGGCCUUCGACGAAAAUGGGAAUCCGAAGAAUCUAGCUACAGAUGACUAUUUAGUCUUCAACUAUUUGGAAAGUUUAGUCUCUUUAGAUUUGUCACACACAAAACUGACACUAAGAAACUUGGGGAUGUUGAAAAGUUUAGGCAAGAGUGUGAGAAGUUUGUCCUUAUGUGAUACUGGGUUAACCGUUCUUCAAGAUGGUAUAUUCAAUUCUACAUCUUUGCACGUGCUAGAUUUAUCACGAAACAGUGGUAUUUUGAACAACCAAAGACCUUUGAGAGGUCUCGAAGACACACUACUCGCGUUAUACGCCCGAGAGGUUAACUUACAGAGGAUAGAUCAAUUUCAAAAUUUCUCAAAUCUUUUAGUACUACAGCUUGCUGGUAAUGAAAUAAACACUGUAGAUUUGGAAACUAUCAGAACUUUAAAAGCCUUAAAAGUGCUAAAUUUGAAUAAGAAUAGACUGAACUCUUGGUUUGAACCGACAUUUUCUUUGCUGCCAAACCUACAUUUGCUGUCGCUUCAGGACAAUAAUAUAAAUGUUAUAACUGAACAAAUGAUUGCGGACUUGAUCAACGUAAACUAUUUAGCACUGUCAGGAAACUUUAUGGUCUGCAACUGUCACGCGAAAGACUUGUACAAAAUGGCUGCUAAGAACGAAAAAAAUAAUACAGAAGACUUUAUUGAUUUACCAGAGGAAUUACUGCAUCGUAACAUAUACAGUUAUUACAACGAUUUAAUCCAAAACAGAUCUAAAGUUGGCUUAGAAGACUGUGAGGAGCUAUGCUUUGAUGAUAUUGGUCAUUCAGGUUCAUUCCGACUCUUAGAUUAUUACCCAGAAGCUUACGUAUGUCUUCAAGUACCAGAAAGCAAGACUAUAUUUAUCUCCGAUGUAUAUAGUUGUGGCAGAUUGGCAAGAGAAAUAAACUAUGAGCAAGAAUUGAAUGGAAGUAGGAAGAAGCUACUGGCGUUGCUGAUAAUACCGUGUGUUUUACUACCAGUGGCUUUGAUCUUUGUGUUUAGAAGGCGUAUCAAGUACUUCUUUAUAACGAUGAGGAAUUCCGCCAUGUUGAGUCUGAUUAAUAAGAAAGAUGCUGUAGAUGGUAAGAACAACACAAUCUUCAACUACGAUGUUUUCGUAUCUUACUGCAACGAGGACCGGGGAUGGGUGCUCGACCAUCUACUUCCUCACAUGGAGGCCGAGUGCAGCAUCAGUGCUUGUCUACAUGAGCGGGACUUUCUAGUAGGUCUCUCAAUCCUGGAGAACAUAGUAUCGUGCAUGGACCGCUCCAGGUCGAUCAUGCUGAUCCUGUCGCAGCGGUUCUUGCUCAGCCAGUGGUGUCAGUUCGAGAUGCAUUUGGCGCAGCAUAGGCUUCUGGAAACUCGCAGAGAAGAUUUAACCCUGAUUCUUCUAGAAGACAUACCGCGCCGUCUUCGACCGAACACCCUGCACUACCUCAUGAUGACCAAGACCUACAUAGUAUGGCCGAAAGACGAAUCCGAAAGACCAGUCUUCUGGAAAAGACUUAAGAAGACCUUGAUAGCCCAAAAGAACAAACCCACAGAAAAUGCGUCUCUUGCUUAAAGUAUUUUUUGGAUGUAUUUGGGGAACUGAAAAUAAAAUAAAAUGCGAACUUAUAUAGGGUGUUACAUAAAAAUUGAGAUGAAUCACUCUGUAUCAUCCCGUGGAAGUCGCCAAAAGAAGUCAUUUGAAGUCGAAGUCAAAGAUUGAAGUUUUAUAGUAGACAUUGAUAAAGGUUUUUAGAUCUAAGUCCGUAAAAUAAUAAAUAAUAUUAAUUAAACUUAAGAUCUUGGAUAUAAGAAUAAAUUAUAAUAAAAAGGCAACUAUGCAAUUGUAAAUCUGGCACAAUAAUAUAUUUUUGUAGUUUAACAUUCAUACAAAA